GCGCCAAGCCCCGAGGAGAGGAGGUGGCGGUCGUUGGCGCGUCCUGCCCCCAGCUACACACACACACACACAACGCGUGCUCUUGCUCAUAUACCACACUCCCUUCAUACCGCUCUUCCUCACCCCCUUGCAGUUUGGUCGUUGUUCCCCUCAGUGGCUUAUAUAAUUACCUCAAAAUAAACAUAGAGGAUUAAAGGAAAAAUCCUACUGGUAAUGGUUAAUGGAGCCAAGAUACAGGAAGCCCGCCAAGUGAACGUUUGGGUGGUCAGCGCUACAGGUCUCCCGGGAAUGUUCUGAAAUGAGGAGAGGUUAACGCACCGUGCCGCUGUAUCAAGGACUUGUGGGACGAUUUAGAGCGAGGCGUCGUAAACUCGGGGUAUCAUUGAAGUAAUUCGAGUGGACUCUGUCAAGGUGUGACAACAGCUGACCCAAGGGAAACUGUACGGCGCCGCCCUCGCACACCAUCACCUCCACUAGCUACAGUAGCGGGCGUGAGAGAGGCGGGCGUGGACCGGAAGGAUGGGGGCCGUGCUCAGUGUGAUAUGGGGGUGGUUUAAUCCCUCCUCCAAGGUGAUGGCACUGAAAUUCGCGGAAGACGGAGAUCUGGGACCUGAGGCUGACGUGCCCAACCCUACCACGGGCCUCACUCUACGACACCGCACUGCUAUGGUCAGGACCUGGGACCUCGUUCGACCUGACUUGAAGACCCACGGUAUUUACUUCUUCCUCAGGUUGUUCCGAGAAGAGCCACAGUUAAAGACCAGGUUCAAGGGGUUUAUGAACAAGACAGAGGAUCAGCUACGUGAAAACAAGCGUCUUGCAGCCCAUGGCACCACGGUGUUAACAGCGAUAACCAGCAUGGUUGACAACUUGGAUGAUGUAGGGGUGUUAGUGGAGCUCCUCCAGACAACUGGUGUCAACCACAAAAAUAGAGGAAUACCAAAACAAGACUAUGAUCUGUUGGCUCCUGUGUUGCUAAACUAUCUGCGAGACAACCUUGGAUCUGCAUGGACGUCUGUGGCUGAUGAGGCCUGGGCAAAGGCCCUGAAAGUCAUAAUGUCAGUCAUUGUCUCUGGUUAUGACAUCACUGAACCAAAUCAGUCUUGAGCAUAACUUUUUUACCGGCUGUAAUGGCUCGGAGUCAAGUAUCCAAGAAAUGUGUUAGCCAGUUAUAUUUGUACGUUUUGGAAGAAUACUUGUAUCAAUGAUGUAUUUAGUAUAGUAUAUAUUUUAAAACUUAACCUCUCAGUCUCCCAUAUUAACACUGAUUUCAUGUUUUUUUGUUUUUUAAAGUAAAUGGUACAAAGAC